AAGAACCAUAGUGCAAAAGCAAACAUGGUGUGGUCCGAGUCUUUACUAACCAACCAAAUUGAGCCAGACUGGACGAGUCGGAGAAACGGUCGUACUUACCGCAAACUGAAACCUCCUUCAGAGCUCUAGUGGAUGUAUCAUCCAUGCCAUUGAUCACCUGCGCCAGUCUCUAUGGCUUGCGGUGAGGAACCCUGCUGACAAUGCUGCCGUCAUGCAGUUGAGUACAACAGUGGUUGGCUAUGGGGAAAAUUGGCGGAGGCUGACGGUCUGUGCUGGAUAUGAUCUUAUCCGCAGUCAACUCCGCACUCGCGCUCCACCGUUCUCCGCACGUCUGACCCCGGAUUCCUUCCCCUCAAAACGCCAGCCUCUUCUCGACGCCCUGGGAAGGAAUUGAGGAGUUUUGUUACAUAUUCCCGUGGAACACGCCCUAGAUAAAAGCCAAGAAAUACAGAAACAAUCGUCAGCAUCAUGGCUCCCCAGUUUCGCGCCGAGCAGAUAGGAUCGCUGCUCCGGCCCGAUGAACUUGUCGCCGCUCGGGCUACCGCCGGACAGCUCGUGUCGUAUACCACCGAACCGGUCCCUGAUGCCCUCAGAAAGAUCACAGAGGAUGCCAUCGCCCGAGUGGUCGAGCAGCAACUGCAGCGGAAGGUCCGACCCAUCAUGUCCGGAGAAUAUGAGCGAACCAUCUACUAUUCCGGCUUCUUCGAACGCCUCCACGGCUUCAAGAUUGUCCCGGACGUGCCUGUUCCCGCGGGACUACGAAAUGGACUUCCCGUGGUGAACGUCAUGAUCCGCAACGGGAUGACCGCCCGCGAAGCAGUAAUUGCCGUCGACAAGAUCCGCUACGCUGAGAGCCCGUACCUCGCGGACUGGGAGUACCUGCGCAGCCUUGUGCCCCCGGCGGAAUGGAAAGAGUGCAAGGUCACCAUCCCCCCUAUCACCUGGCAGCAUCUGCAGCUGCGCGCCGGCACCGCCUUUACCGAUCGUAGCCCCUACACGACGGAUAAAGAGUACUUUGCCGAUCUGGCCCAAGCGUACGCUCAGGAGCUGCGGACGUUGUACGAUGCAGGCCUGCGGUCGAUCCAGGUGGACGACCCCCAGCUGCUGUAUUUCGUGACGGACGAGUUCCGCUCGGGCUGCCGCGCGGAUGGGAUUGAUCCGGACGAGCUGCUGGAGUUAUACAUCUGGGCACACAACCAGUGCCUGGUGGGUCGGCCAGCGGACUUGCACGUGGGCAUCCAUCUCUGUCGGGGCAAUAUGCCCGGGUCCACCCACAUCAUCAGUGGCUCGUAUGAGCGCAUUGCGCGGCGUCUGUUCACGGGACUGGACUUCGAUACCUUCUAUCUCGAGUAUGACACAGAGCGAGCAGGUGACUUCCAGCCGCUGCGGUACCUGCCGGUAGGCAAGAACGUGGUGCUGGGCGUCGUCUCGACUAAGAGUCCGGAGAUGGAGUCCCUGGACGAGCUCGAGGCCCGCGUGAACGCGGCAGCGGACGUGAUUGCUCAGGGUCAGGGCCGUAGUCGACAGGAGGUCCUCGACACUACAUUAGGGGUGAGUCCGCAGUGUGGGUUCUCGAGCAUCAGUCGCGGUCGGGGCAUUGGGAUGACGGACGAGAAGAUGUGGGAAAAGCUGCAGCUGGUGCAGAAUCUGGCCGAGCGGCUCUGGGGACGGACCGCUGGCGUUCCGUGAGUACUAGCCAGGCUCUGCAUGCAGAAAUUGUGAACAAGCCAGGAAAGCCCAUGUGCUCGAACAAUGAAGCAUUGAUGGAUCGAUGGGU